AUGUUAUUUAUGGAAUCCUAUAUGUGCUAUUGCUCAGUCCGACUGGGUGUCAUCAUUGUCGCCGUUUUGACCAUUUUUCGGGCUAUGGCCUUAAGUAUCUGCCUGUUCAUGAUGGGGGUAAAAUUGUUUGAGCCUCUGAUUGAUUUAUUCGAACAAGAUGCCGAGUAUAAAGACCGAAAGUACGUUAGAAUAUUUAUCAACUGGAUGGAGAAUUCUCCCGACAGUUCUUCUCUAGUUUUCCAAAUAGGAUGUUAUUUGCACAUUGCAGCAGCCAUUUUAAGUUUUUGGGGUUCUAUUAAGUUAAAGAAGUGGUUUUUACUUCCCCUCGCCUUGUUUGAGAUUAUUUACUUUAUAAACUUUACGAUCCUACAUAUCGUAAUGAUGAUCAUGCUUAAGAAACAGAUCAACUUGGGUUUUCUUAUAAUUCUCACUCUGGUUGGAUGCUUUUAUAUUUUAUUUGUGGGCUAUAAUACCAUCACGAUCGUGGCCAUGUUCCAAAUAAUUAGCCUGGUUCAAAGCCAAAGGUAUCGAGAGCUGUACGGCGAGGAUCCUUUUCAUCCGCUAGUCCUGAAAACCACCAAUAGCAAGGACUCCCAUCAGCCACUCCGGGUUCUCAAUAUGCACGACAUGAGCAUGCACGAGACCGACAUCGAUGAACAAAAGCGGCUGAGCAAGCUGGGUCUCUGGCCCCGCCGGCCGGCGCCAGUGGUGUCCGUCAUUCCCGUCAGAGCGCGCUACCCCCAGCCCCAAAUCAAGUGGUGGCAGCAACAGGCCCUGGACACGGACACGGACAAGGUGCAGGACCCGUCCGUCUACGGCAACUGGCAGCCAAGGGAGCUUCUCAACGGAGUAGGUGGUGAAGUGCAGCGAAAGAAUGCCCUGAAUCGACGGUACGCCGAGACGCAGAUGCAAAGAUGGUAUUAG